AUGUCUUCCUGCAGCGCGAAGGGUUAUUUCUGCCUCGCCAACGCUCGUCGCGUCUCCGUCACCAAGGCGUCCGGCGCCAUCGCGUACUACUGGCAGUAUGCCACCACUCUUCGCUGCAACGACGACUCUGCGCUAGCCGCCGAGUUUCGCAUCUACGCUCGCUUUUCGGAUCCCUCCCUCCCAGACAACACCCUCGUCGAGGCUGUCGCCCAGGUCCACUUCCCAUCCGAUCAGGGCACCAUUCUCAUUGAGUGCUCCGAGCUCAAUCCGUUCCCUGGUCAUCCGUCUGACCUUGGUUACGACGACCACGUUCCGAACACCUAUCCAACUUUGUAUGUUCUCGGCACUGUCGUAGACAGCGAGCCGUCUCUGGGAGACCCUGACCUUCGUGGUUGCACUCUGUCAGCCACUGACUAUGUUCGUGACGGCUUCAAGGACUCCCUCAUUCAGUGUACUUGGAGCAUGUCGUCUCGUCGUUGGCAGAGGACUCCCAUCCCGAGGAACAACACUAUCACGUAUUCGUACGGCUUACCUGUGGGAUGGGGUUCCGCGGGCAGCUUCCGCAUCACUAUUCAAGGUCUUGCUAUGAGCGUCGGCCCGCGCGACACCCAUGGGGGAAAUGGCGGAGCACCUCCCACUCCUGGUGCUGCGUCAGUUGAUGGGUCUCCGUCCAAGAAGCGCAAGUUCACUGCCGUUGCGUCCGGAAACGCGUCCACGGCCGGCGCUCAAUCUUCUUCUCAUGGGGCCCCUUCUAAUCCUGCAGUUGGUCGCGUUUUUGGGGCUCCCGCGACUCCGGUUGGGAGCGACGACGAGAUGGAGGAAGAUAACGAUGACGAUAACAAAACUAAUGUUGCUUCGCCCGUUCCGUCUUCGCCCCACAGCGCUGCCACAUCUGCUGUCCCCGCUCCGGUCGCGGACUCCCCAGCUCCUCAGUCCGGCACUGUUCAGUUAGCUUCCACUCCUACCGCCGCGCCCGCGAUGGAUGCUGCCACAUACGAAGCUUUUCUUCGCUUCCAGAGGGAGAAUGCCGACCAGGACAAUGGCGCGGGUGCAUCUGCACAUGCCGAGUCUUCCACUACUCCUGCUUGUGGGAAGGCUAACACCUCCUCUCGCGGCCGUGGCAGGAAGCGCACGAAGAAGGCCUCUGCGUAA